UGUCUUACUUCAGAAUGAUGAGAUUCCAGAACUUGAAUGAUGUCUUCCCUCUUUCUGAGGACGAUUCUGGAUCAGGCUCUGGCUCCGGCUCCGGAUCUGGAAGUGGCUCUGGAGAUGGCUUCCUCACUGGAACGGAGAGUGAAUACCAACCAUCAUUUGUAGAUACAAAUGAUGCUUUUUAUUACAACUUUAAGCCUGUGCCCACAGAUGACCAGGACUUGGGUCAAGAUGGACCGGAAGAGAAUUUUAUUAUGUAGAAGAGAGGGUUUCCCACCUUGCUACCAGCCAAUGCAUUCAGAAUAUUUUGUGUCUCACAGUUAAAUGAUUAAUUUUGGGACAAAAAGUUUUAUAGAAAUUUUAAAACAUCUGAAAAAGAAGUUUGUUUUAUCAACUUUUUUUCUCAUGAAUUAUUAAAUACUCCUUUACCUAUUACUAUUGUCCUAGAAAAUAUUUGCACUUUCUUUAUAUCAUAUUCAAUCAAUAUUGCUAUGAAUUUUUCUAGAUUCCCCAUGUCUAUAAAAUGGCUUUACAGAAUAAAUUAUACUGUUUUUCUUUUUUAAAAUGAAUUUGAGAAGCAAAUUGACAGGCAAUAUUUCAUACCUAAGUCUUCAGGAACCUGACUUUGAUUGUGAAUUAUAGAUAUGCCCUUUUUUAAAGUGAAAAAACAAACAAACCAACAACAAACAGAUGAAACACAGUGAAUUAUAGAGUGGGUAUUUGACAUGUUUUACAGUGUAAAGUGUGCAGCUCUAGUAUUACCAUUGGAUGUGUUUGCAGAGCUACUGGACAUGGAGUGUUUAGAUAUAUGAUUGCUAUUUCAAUUACAAACUUAAGACCCAAAGUAAAGCACAGUUGUGCUCUCCAUACCUCAUACUGCUUUACCUUUUUUCCUGGAUAUCUGUGUAUUUUCAAAUGUUGUUCUAUUAAAGCAGAAGUAUAAUCAAA